AUAAAAAAAGCUUUAUUUAAUUUAUUAUUUGAGUGGUUUCUUAAACGUUAAGACCCAUGGAAAAAGUUCGCGUGCGAAUGAGAGAGAAUCAGAUUCUCAGUGCUUAACACUGGAGACGAUUAAUGGGCCCGCUACAUUUUUUAGGCCCACGUACGCCCUGGCUAUUUAUCAUGCAUAUUGGAGUCAAGGAAGGCGCCAAUCACAGGGAGCGUCUAUUGUUAUCAUUUUCUCUUCCUCCUACUUUGAUAUUUUCUUCCUCUUUUCUCUCUCACAACACAUACCUUAAAAUAUGGCCGAUCAGCUCACCGACGACCAGAUCUCUGAGUUCAAGGAAGCCUUCAGCCUCUUUGAUAAAGAUGGCGAUGGCUGCAUUACUACUAAGGAACUUGGGACUGUAAUGCGUUCACUAGGCCAGAACCCAACUGAAGCAGAGCUCCAGGACAUGAUAAAUGAGGUUGAUGCUGAUGGGAAUGGCACUAUUGAUUUCCCAGAGUUCCUUAAUCUGAUGGCCCGCAAGAUGAAGGACACUGAUUCUGAGGAGGAGCUCAAGGAAGCUUUUCGGGUUUUUGAUAAGGAUCAGAACGGUUUCAUUUCUGCUGCUGAGCUUCGCCAUGUCAUGACAAAUCUUGGCGAGAAGCUGACAGAUGAGGAGGUUGAUGAGAUGAUUCGUGAGGCAGAUGUGGAUGGUGAUGGCCAAAUCAACUAUGAAGAGUUUGUCAAAGUCAUGAUGGCCAAGUAAGGACAAAUCAAUUAAAACUAAAAUUAAAAAGCUCAAAAAGGAGGAAAAAAAGGAAACAGGGCAGAUAAGUUUGAUAAGAAAAAUUCUAUUUCCCUUUAGGAGAUCUUCAUUUCGUGUUAUUAGCUUUGGUUGGGUUGUCUGUUUCUUGUUUGCAUCAUUUUGUGGCACAUUUCAUUACUAUCUACUUGUUUGCUCUGUUUCCUGUCAGUAGCUUGGCUUGUUAGUUUCUCUAUUCUAUUGUUUUUAUUUUAUAUCUACCUUGGUAUUAUGAACCUAGAACAAUCGGGAUGAUCAGAUGUUUUUGCUUGUGAAUGACUAAUUUUGUUGAUAUUCUAAAUUUUAGUCACUUUUAGUUUUA